UUUAUGCAACCCUCAGAACCAAAGAAACUUUAACAAAGGAUUAAAAGUUAUGUAAACAAAGAUCCCUUUAUUUAUCCCUCUAGUUCUCCAAGGAACAGGAGGCUCCUGCCUACACUCUGCUUUGCUUCUCUCCUGCCAAUCACCCAGUAGGUAAGACAUGGCAGCAUUGAUGAGCUUACAGACCAGAAGCCACAGUCAAUGGUGAAGAACGCUCAGGUUUCUGUGAAUCAACAGCAUCCCAGAAAUUGUUUCUCUUCUUGAGACUUCAGGGAAGUCUUGGAAUGCAAAGAACUCAAAAAGGAAGCCUGGUUAAAGGGCCUUUGUGGUCUCACUAAGGCAGAGAUUUAUCACAAACACAGUGGAUGUCUUCGAGUUCUUAAAGGUUGCAACCUUCAAACAUCAGUAAGACAUUUAAAGCAUAGACAUCUGGGAAGAAUCAGAAGAACAACAUGGCAGAACCUGAGAACAGGGUUGCGACUCAUGGAGUGAAAUGUUUUUCCAAGAUCAAGAUGUUUCUGUUGGCAUUAACAUGGGCAUUUGUAUCCAAAUCACUAUCAGGAACUUAUAUGAAUUCCAUGCUCACACAAAUAGAGAGACAAUUUGAUAUCCCAACAUCUACAGUUGGAUUUAUCAAUGGGAGCUUUGAGAUUGGAAACCUUUUGUUGAUUAUAUUUGUGAGUUAUUUUGGAACAAAACUGCACAGGCCUAUCGUGAUUGGUGUCGGAUGUGCGGUUAUGGGCCUAGGGUGUUUCAUAAUAUCACUACCUCAUUUCUUGAUGGACCGAUAUGAAUAUGAAACAACAAUUUCACCUGCAAGCAACUUGUCCUCAAACAGUUUCUUGUGUUCGGGAAACAGAACCCAGACCUUAACACCAACGCAUGACCCAGCAGAGUGUGUGAAAGAAAUUAAAUCAUUAAUGUGGAUAUAUGCAGUAGUGGGAAAUGUUAUACGUGGAAUUGGUGAAACUCCCAUCAUGCCCUUGGGUAUUUCCUACAUAGAAGAUUUUGCUAAAUCUGAAAACUCCCCUUUAUACAUUGGGAUUUUAGAAACAGGAAUGGUCAUUGGCCCUUUGUUUGGACUUUUGUUGGGAUCCUUCUGUGCAAAUAUUUACGUAGACACUGGGUCUGUGAAUACAGAUGACCUGACCAUAACUCCCACUGACACACGCUGGGUCGGUGCUUGGUGGGUUGGCUUUUUGAUCUGUGCAGGAGUGAAUGUCCUGACCAGCAUCCCCUUUUUCUGUUUCCCUAAAACACUCCCAAAGGAAGGACUAGAGGAUAAUGUGGAUGUGACUAAAAGUGACAAAGAAGAGAAACACGGAGGAAAAGCCAAGGAGGAAAAACAUGGAAUCACUAAAGAUUUUUUGCCAUUCAUGAAGAGCCUCUCCUGUAAUCCGAUUUACAUGCUUUUCAUCCUCAUAAGUGUGCUCCAGUUCAAUGCAUUUAUCAAUACAUUUACCUUCAUGCCUAAAUACCUGGAACAGCAGUAUGGAAAAUCAACUGCAGAGAUAGUCUUUCUCAUAGGUCUUUAUAACUUACCUCCAAUAUGUGUUGGAUAUUUGAUUGGUGGCUUGAUUAUGAAGAAGUUCAAGAUUACUGUCAAGAAAGCUGCAUACAUAGCAUUCUGCCUAUCCCUGACUGAGUACCUUCUAUCUUUCUUUAAUUUCAUGAUGACCUGUGAUAAUUUCCCAGUUGCUGGCUUAACUACUUCUUAUGAAGGAAUCCAGCAGCCUUUGUACGUGGAGAAUAAUGUCCUUGCUGACUGCAACACAAGGUGUAACUGCUUAACUAAAACCUGGGACCCAGUGUGUGGAGAGAAUGGCCUAGCAUACAUGUCAGCCUGCCUUGCAGGUUGUGAGAAGUCUGUUGGAACAGGAAUCAACAUGGUGUUUCAAAAUUGCAGCUGCAUUCAGUCUUCAGGAAACGCAUCUGCAGUCCUUGGGCUGUGUAAAAAAGGCCCUGACUGUACUAUCAGGCUGCAGUACUUUUUAAUCAUGUCAGUAAUUGGCUGUUUCAUCUACUCGCUAGCAGCCAUACCUGGAUAUAUGGUUCUUCUGAGGUGUAUCAAGUCUGAAGAGAAGUCACUUGGAAUUGGGUUACAUGCAUUUUGCACAAGAAUAUUUGCUGGCAUUCCAGCACCUAUUUACUUUGGUGCCUUGAUAGACAGAACCUGUUUACACUGGGGGACUCUGAAAUGUGGAGAACCAGGGGCGUGCAGGAUGUAUGAUAUAAAUAACUUCAGGAACAUUUACAUCGGCGUGCCUGCAGCACUAAGAGGAUCAAGCUUUUUCCCAGCGUUCUUCAUUUUAAUACUCAUGAGGAAGCGACAACUCCCUGGGGAAAUUGACUCUUCAGAAACUGAACUUGCAGAGACAAAGCUCAAAGAGAAAAAAAGCGAGUGCGUGGAUGUACACAAAAGUCCUGGGGUUGAGAAUGAUAGAGAACUGAAAACUAAGCUGUAAUGAGUUUUCUAUUGGCCUGCACAAGCCCAUGACAGAGUGUGCAUUUGGUUCUUUUGAAUCAUGAGAAUAUUAUACAAACUCAUUUCUUAUCCUUAAGGACCUCAAAAAUUAUUUUACUCAUGAUAAAAAUAUUUACUGGUAGCAUUAUUAGAACAUUGGGGUAGCACUUAGGAUUUUCCCAGGAAAGUCUAUGGUGACCCAACACUGAACUUUAAAGCUGUCUUCAUUUUCAAAGAGCAUUUUCUCUUUUAACUCAAUCAUAGCAAGUGGAUAUUUCUCACAUAUCUUCAGAAAGCAUUAAAACUUGUCCAUUUCUGAAACACAAUUCAAUUUCAUUAAAUUUAUACUUCAAUGUUAGAGGUAUUUAGAGCUGAAAAUUUACAUCUUGGUUGUGUUACAUUGGGAUAAUUUAUUUAAAUUUAUCUUUUCUAUGUACAAGACAUAUGAAUACCUCUUUACCUAUUUAGGAGUUGUAAGCUCUCUUUUUUAUUCUAGACACGAUGCUUCCAAAGUUAGUCUACUCAUUAAUGUGACAUCUCUUGUUUUCAGUCCCUUCUUCGAUACUCACGUCACAUGUUUGAUCAUUUUGUUAGAGCACUGAUAAAUUUAAUCUGGCUAUUUAAAAUCAUGUAGCAAAGAUGGUAGGAACUUUUGUUCCCCUAGAAAUUCAAAUCUGGUAAUGAAACUUUCUUAAAAGCAAAUAUUUGAGAAAACCAAGCCUUUCAAAGGCCCUUUUGUAGAGAUGGGGCAAUAUGUCAUUGGUACAAUGUUUGCCUAGUAUGUAGGAGACCCUGGGCUCAACAACAAUGUAGAAUUUACUACUCAUAAUAAAAUAAUAUAUAAAAUAAAAUAAAAAUAAAGACUGGGUGAAGUGUUGAUGUUCUCAAAAAACUACCUUCUCAUGUGCUGGUGGCCUCUUUGGCCCAGUGUUCAUUUUACUCAUGUAUCUUCAAAACACGUGGAUACAAAUAUUCAAAAACAUCUUAGAGUAAAACCAUGUAACAGGGGCCAGCUGGAUGCCUCAGUGGAAAGGGGUGUUUGCUGCCAAGCCUGACAAGGUGGUUUUGAUCCCUGGGACCAAGAAAGAAAACCAUCUCUUGCAGGCUGUUCCAUUCCCUCUUUUCUUGUACUUCCUCAUCUACAAAUAAAUAAAUAAAUGAAAAAAUGUA